AUGGUCGGUUGGACCACCUGCCGGCUCGAAGCAAGGGUCAAUUCGAGGGAAUGUGGGCUCUCCUCGUGUGGCGUGUGUGCCUCCACACCUCACACGGCACAAACACUCCCCUCAGGCCUCCCGGCCGGAUUUGACCCUGUUGCACAAUCUCGAACACACGUGCCCGAGCCGACAAGUCGACAAGCCGACAAGCACACACCAACACGCAAAAGGACGCCUAAAACACGUCCGGCCAGUUGGCACACCCAACACACAUACACACAUACACACACAGAUAAAUGCCGACACACGUCCAGUACCCCUUCUAUGGGGAAAUGGUGGCACAGACGUUUGGAUUGUGGCGAUGCGAAGGAAGGCCAUCGCGUUUUGGUGUUUUUGGCCACUUUGCAACCGCUUCUCCGCACCCUUUGGCCGGUUUCCACGAGACACAACCCACAUGCGCCUCGAUUGACAGACAGUCGACAGCAGGUGUGUUGGUCCAUUCUUGCCUCUUCGCCUCUUUUGUCCGUCUGCCUUGAUCCCCAACCCAUCCACCCACCCACAACAACACAAGUUGUCUGGUGA